AUAGGGGUGUGUCUCAAAGGGAACAGUGCGUGUAAAAUCCUUGCACACCGUACCAACCUGGGCACAGCAAGUCAAGGGGUCCAAACUUUCAUUCUUUGCUUUUUAAACGCGUUGUCAACAUGUCCAAGCCUCUGACCGACCAUGAAAAGCGCAAGCAGAUCAGUGUUCGUGGUAUAGCUGGGCUGGGGGAUGUUGCCGAAAUCAAAAAGAGCUUCAACAGGCAUCUUCACUUCACUCUAGUGAAGGACCGCAAUGUGGCCACCCCGCGGGAUUAUUACUUCGCGCUGGCGCACACGGUGCGGGAUCACCUGGUGGGCCGCUGGAUCCGCACUCAGCAGUAUUACUACGAGAAAGACCCAAAGCGCAUCCACUAUCUCUCUCUAGAGUUCUACAUGGGUAGAACUCUACAGAAUACCAUGAUAAAUCUUGGGCUGCAGAAUGCCUGUGAUGAGGCCAUCUACCAGCUUGGACUAGAUUUGGAAGAGCUGGAGGAGAUUGAGGAGGAUGCAGGGUUGGGAAACGGAGGGCUUGGACGUCUUGCAGCUUGUUUUUUGGACUCAAUGGCAUCUCUGGGUUUGGCGGCAUAUGGAUAUGGCAUUCGUUAUGAGUUUGGCAUCUUCAAUCAGAAGAUCACUAAAGGCUGGCAGGUGGAGGAAGCUGAUGAUUGGCUGCGUUAUGGUAACCCUUGGGAGAAGGCCCGUCCGGAGUACAUGCUGCCUGUGCAUUUUUAUGGCCGAGUGGCGCAUACACCUGAGGGACCAAAGUGGGUUGACACCCAGGUGGUGCUUGCGAUGCCUUAUGACACUCCUGUGCCUGGUUAUAAAAACAACACUGUGAAUACUAUGAGACUGUGGUCUGCCAAAGCUCCUAAUGAUUUCAACCUGCAAGAAUUUAAUGUGGGAGAUUACAUCCAGGCUGUACUGGACCGAAACCUGGCAGAGAACAUUUCCAGGGUGCUCUACCCCAAUGACAAUUUUUUUGAAGGGAAGGAGCUCCGUUUAAAGCAGGAGUACUUUGUGGUGGCUGCUACUCUGCAGGACAUCAUCAGACGCUUUAAAUCUUCAAAGUUUGGCUGCCGGGAUCCCGUGCGCACCUCUUUUGAGACUUUCCAUGAAAAGGUGGCGAUCCAGUUGAAUGAUACUCAUCCAGCUCUGGCGAUUCCUGAACUCAUGAGGAUCCUGGUGGAUAUAGAGCGGCUAGACUGGGAAAAGGCAUGGGAGAUCACCACAAAGACGUGCGCAUACACAAACCACACGGUGUUACCUGAGGCUCUGGAGCGCUGGCCUGUCCACAUGUUUGAGAAACUUCUGCCACGACACCUGCAGAUCAUCUACGAGAUCAACCAGCGGCAUCUGGAUAGAGUUGCUGUGCUGUAUCCAGGCGACAAUGAUCGUUUGUGCAGGAUGUCUCUGAUCGAGGAGGGCGAUCCAAAGAGGAUCAACAUGGCCCACCUUUGUGUGGUCGGCUCACACGCUGUUAAUGGAGUCGCACGGAUUCACUCGGACAUUGUCAAAACCACUGUGUUUAAGGACUUUUGUGACAUUGAGCCAGAGAAGUUUCAGAACAAGACAAACGGCAUCACACCUCGUCGCUGGCUGCUGCUCUGCAACCCCGGCCUGGCUGACAUCAUCGCUGAGAAAAUUGGUGAGGACUUCCUGACAGAUCUUUUCCAGCUAAAAAAACUGUUGGACUUUGUCAAUGAUGAAAUGUUCAUUCGGGAUGUGGCCAAAGUGAAACAGGAGAAUAAGCUGAAGUUUGCAGCAUAUCUUGAGAGUGAGUACAAAGUAAAGAUAAAUCCUGAGUCCAUCUUCGACAUCCAGGUCAAAAGAAUCCAUGAGUACAAGAGACAACUGCUCAACUGCCUGCAUGUCAUCACUUUAUAUAACAGGAUUAGGAAAGAACCAAACAAGAAGUUUGUUCCAAGGACCGUAAUGAUUGGAGGAAAGGCAGCACCAGGCUAUCACAUGGCGAAGAUUAUCAUUAAACUGUUCACCUCAGUGGGGGAGGUGGUGAAUCAUGAUCCUGUGGUGGGAGACCGACUCAAGGUCAUUUUCCUGGAGAACUAUAGAGUCUCAUUAGCUGAGAAGGUGAUCCCUGCUGCCGACCUGUCCGAGCAAAUCUCCACGGCAGGUACAGAAGCCUCUGGUACAGGAAACAUGAAGUUCAUGCUUAACGGCGCUCUGACCAUCGGCACCAUGGAUGGCGCUAAUGUGGAGAUGGCAGAAGAAGCUGGAGAAGAAAACCUGUUCAUCUUUGGCAUGAGGGUGGAGGAUGUGGAGGCCAUGGACAAAAAGGGAUACAAUGCCAGGGAAUACUACGAGCGUCUGCCUGAACUGAAGCAGGUGAUGGAUCAGAUCAGCACUGGAUUCUUCAGCCCCAAAGAGCCUGAACUCUUUAAAGACGUUGUCAACAUGCUCAUGAAUCAUGACAGGUUCAAGGUGUUUGCAGACUAUGAAGCAUAUAUCAGCUGUCAAGAAAAAGUUAAUGAACUCUACAGGAACCCAAAAGAAUGGACCAAAAAGGUAAUCAGAAACAUUGCUGCUUCUGGAAAGUUCUCUAGCGACCGCACCAUCGCAGAGUACGCACGUGAGGUCUGGGGCGUAGAGCCGUCUGACGUCAAGAUCCCGCCACCUAACGAACCACGUGAAUGAGGGAGUGGGCAACAUGAUGGUCUGUCUGAUGGUGUCCACUGGGUCUGCUCUCCUGUUUCUCAACCUUUCCCAGUGUGCCGGUGUACCUUGACUGGCUUCACCUGAUUCCGAUUCAGGUUUCUCUCACUAUGCAUAACACCAUGUGGAGGAGCCUCUUUGUACUUCAUUACUGUAGUGUACCCUCAACAUACACACACAAAAAACUAACUCUUCCAUGUGCACUUACUCUGUAGUAGGUUUUAAAUCACUGUUACUUUCACAUGCCUAUACUUAAUUAUCAAUCAUCAUGGUUUCCAUUAUGCAAAUUCAAUUCGUUGGUCAUCUGAGACUGAUUUAUUGAAGCUUCGUUUUGUCAAAAUUGAGUCCAGCUCAAGUUUCAAAGGUAUUUAUGCAUCAAUUGGUGAAAAUUCUCAAUUUUUGUGCAUUCCUUGUUUCACUUUUGAGAGUGGCGGUUGGGACUGAUUAUAACAGAGAACACGGUGGGACCGAACAAGAGCCUUUGAGUAUUUUAUGAAGCCAAAUCAGCAACUGGAAACCAUUGGAGACUUGAGUAACAUUCGUGUCCUAGAAUAUUUCUUAAAUAUGACAACAUAUUUGACCUGCAACCACAUUUAGUCUAUUUAAAUUCAGUAGAAGUAGUAUAUUUGCCUUAAAAUAUGUGAUAAGCAGUCAGAAAUGACAGCUUUAAAAGUAACAAAUGCAAAUAGAAUUGAUAUAAUGACUCCAGAAUGCAUGUGAUGUGGUUGUUCGGUGUCCAAAUUAUCUUUUUAUUCAAGCUUUCAAACGCAGGUUAAAGGGUGCCUUGUGUGCACACUGUGCAAUAUU